AUGUCUCGGUUUGCCAAAGCAACCUUCUCCGCUACAGGGUACGCCGCGGCACGGCCAACAUACCCGGCAAGUUUGUUUAGAACGGUGCUGGGGUACCACGGUGCCAAUUCCUCGUCAGGCGCCUCAUCCGGGUCCUUGUUGGACAUUGGAUGUGGCCAUGGGGCCAUUGCAAGAGAACUGAGCCCUCACUUCAGUAGAGUGAUUGGUGUCGACACGAGCCCCGGCAUGGUGAAGCAGGCCACGUCCAUGACAAAGGAUGAGAAAGUAAUCUUCCUCCAAGGCGGCGCCGAAGACCUGUCCUUCCUCCCUGAUGGAUCUAUCGACAUGGUGGUGGCUGGACAGUCUGCACACUGGUUCGACUACAACAAGGCGUGGCCCGAAGUAUCUCGCGUGGUGAAGGCUGGCGGUUCUCUUGCUUUCUGGGGAUACAAGGACAACGUGCUCAUUGGGCACACGAGAGCCAACGAAAUCUUUGCCAAGUACUGCUACGCAGAAGGAGAGGUCGAGCCAGGUAUUGAGGGAAUGAAUGCCUACUGGGAACAGCCUGGCCGCAAUAGAGUCCGCAACUUGCUGCGAGAGGUCGUACCGCCUGCCAAAGACUGGAGGGCCAUCCGUCGAGAUCUGUACGACAUAAAGGCCGACUGUGCAAAGACCCCGGGCCCUGAAACGGCCUGGAUGCAAAAGAGGAUGAAUCUAGGGCAACUGGAGGCGUACGUUCGGACAUUCAGUGCAUUCCAGGGCUGGCGUGAUGCUCAUCCAGAGGUCGGGAGCCGGGCGGAAGGUGGCCAGGGGGAUUUGGCUGAUAUUCUCAUGUGUCGCAUUGUGGAAUCAGAGCCGCAAUGGAGGGGACUUGGCGAUGGAUGGAGAGACGCCGAGGUUGAUACGGUCUGGGGUACGUACGUCCUCAUGGCGAAGAGGCGAUGA